UUACGUGCUACAACACACAGGGAGAUGUGGCUUUGUUUGUUUAUUAUAUUUAUCUUAAACUUUCAGUUACCAGUGGUUGCGGCAACAGAUGAAUGCGGUGUACCAGUGAUCUCACGGUCGCGUAUAGUUGGAGGGAGUGAAGCGAGCAAGGGUGAAUGGCCAUGGCAAGCCUUGCUGAUGCGGGUUGGUAUAAAUAACGUAAGGUUCGCAUUGUGCGGAGGAACACUAAUCGGGGACAAAUGGAUUCUAACCGCAGCUCAUUGUACCGUCGGGCUCGAUGCUUCGAACCUUCAAGUUGGAUUGGGCGUAUUGGAUUAUGACGUCAUUGAGGAUUCCGCGAAAUAUUUCGCGGUUGAGAAAAUAGUCAUUCAUUCGGGUUAUAAUGACCUCACACUGGUUGAUGACGUCAGUAUGUUAAAGUUGGCAGGUGUAGUGGUGUACACGGAUUACAUCAUUCCUGCUUGUCUACCAACUGAUAAAGUAGACGUUGGUACAUUAUGUUGGAUCACAGGGUGGGGAAGUACCCAAGUCAGCAGCGAUGACUUGAGCAAGUUACGCGAAGCCACUGUUCCCGUGAUCAACAACACUCAAUGCAGUGAAUGGUAUUCAUCGUUUAUUGUCACAACCAACAACUUAUGCGCUGGUUAUGCAGCUGGUGGUGUCGACGCAUGCCAGGGUGAUAGUGGCGGUCCCCUUGUUUGUUCGAACAACUCAAUCUUCCAUUUACAUGGGGUAACAAGUUGGGGGGUUGGGUGCGCGGGGGUUGAACAGCCGGGGGUUUAUACGAGGGUAACGGGCUAUCUGGGGUGGAUCACCCAUGUUAUGAAUACUUAUCAAGAUAACGAUUCAUUCUUCACGUUACCCACAAUGCCGUGUGGCUCUGACAUCACAAUCGAUCGCUUGUUACGCCUCCCAGUGGACAAACAAACAGCAUUGUAUCAAAAUAAUUUGAGUUGCACAUGGAGAAUCCAUCCACCUUCAAAAAACACGGAAAUUAUUUUCACAUUUGUGAAACAAUUUCAUGUAGAAAUGUUUUCAAGCAAGUGUACGGAUUACGUGAAGCUGGAAACAUUACAAGGUGAAGCACUGAGUGAAAAGUUAUGCGGCAACACUCCCCCACCCCCGAUAACAAUAACCGGCCAUGCUGACGUCAACUUUGUAUUCAGCAGUGAUUCCAGUUAUGUUUACGAAGGGUUUGCAGUUGAUGUCACAUUUAAACCAACACCAUUGUGCAAAACUGGAAACACUGCAUCUAUCCAUAUACCAAACCUAAUGUUUAUUUCCUGGUUACUGGUUUUUCUAUUAGUUUAAAAUGAACUGAGAUUUUUUACAACUUUGAAAUUUGAUUUUUUUAACGUUCAUAACUUUUAAAUUAAAGAGAAUUUUCACAAA